AUGGCAUCGACUCAUUGCCACGACACCACGGCCUGCCAACUCUCCGCCUCUUCCUCUCACCGCGAUGCCGCCACCAACCUGUCCAUCCUGCUAGAGAGCCAGGCCGCCAGCCGUCUGUUUGCAGCACAUGUUUCCGAGCUUGUCGCUUCGACGUCCCCGCCAGGCCCGUGCCCGUCUGCUUCUGCAGCCGCCGAGAUCCUCUCCAUCCCGGCCAGCGAGAAGCUCGACGUCGGUCUAGCGGCUCUCGAUAUUUUCCUCCAGGCCAAUGUUACCGGACCCGUGGUGCCUGCGGGAAAACUUUCCGCCGUAGUCUCGCGCUUCGUCAAGUUGUGGAUCACUGCCUCCCCGGCUGAGGGGAACGAGUCACUUGCACUGGUUCGGCUCCACAAGGCUUGCCUGGUGCACCUCGAAGUCGACGGGGUAUCUCCAUACAGUCGGGUUCCUCACCUCGUCCUGUUUUCUUUGGCCCGGUUUGUCUUCCAAACCGCCCUGUCCGCGGACGGCGCUGGCGUUGUGGAGGUUCCGGCACAUAGCAAGUCCGACAACAACAGCAACAGUGCCAGAUUUAGCUUGUCAUGGAUGAGACUUCGCGUAAAUAUCUGGCACUACAAGCUUCUCACCCAGCCAAGCCUAGGGCCGUCAUCCAACUUCACCAGGAGCUCCCAGUGGAGUGAAGUCCCUAGUCUGGCUGCUAGGAUACUCGAGGAUACGAGUGCUCUUCGCGCCCAGAUCGCAAGCCGUCAAGUCUGGUCCGAAGUAGAAGCGUGGAACCAGCACGAUGCGGCCUACUUCCUGGUCGAAGCCGCCAACAACUACAUCCUCCUGGGGAGGCACGAGCAAGCACGGGAGGCUCUCAAAGAAGCCACGCAGGUUACCGGGUUCAAGUACGCGCUAUCUGGCGCCCUUGGCAAGCGCACCAGGUUUCAGGAAAACAGCGUCAGUCAACUGGUCGUGCUCGCUCGCAGCGGUAGCACCGGCCAGGAUCCUCCCGUCGGCCCGGAUGCUGGGCAAGACGGCGACGGCGAUGGCGAUGGCGACGGCUACGGCGACAAUGUUGAGGAUGCCAAGCCAGACGCGCUGCCGCUCAACGACGACACCCUCCUGGAAGAGAUUGACUUUGCAAAGAAUGUGGCGAGUGACGCGGCAAAGGAGGAGACUCUGCCGCCCAGUCUAUCAGAGCUGUCGCCCGACCACCAGCCGCAGCUGGCUCCUCUCGACCAGAUCAUCCUUCUGACAGAGGCCACCUUGAAGGAUGCGUUUUCACCAACCGAUGCCCUGACCUCGCAGGAGAUACUGCCCUAUGCCGUCCGCGUACUGGCCGACAAGUCGACCAACUGGCAAAUCUACACGCAAGCGCUGCUGGUGCGGUCGAGAAUCGAGAUCCACCGAAGCAGGACGGUAGAGCGCGGCGUGCUGCAGCUCCAGGCCGUGGCAGAUCAGGUCUUGACCGACACUUGCGCAAACCCAGAAGACGACGCGGAGAGCAGAGCCGCAGACAGAGCGACCAGGGGCAGCAGAACCAGCGGGCCCGGGCCCGACAUUCGCGUAUCCGCCCCGGACGACGAGCCUCACACGCCCCCUGCUCCCGGAGCGUCCCCGGUCCCCACGUCGUUCCUGCCGGCCGCGAAGCCGACCGAGUCUGCCCCGGCCCACACCCGCCUCCGAUACAUUGACGCCCUGUCCACCCCGCCACGAUGGCAUCUGGAGUCGGAGCUGGCCUACGCCUGGGCCGGCGUCGGCUCGCUGACAUCUGCCCUUGAGAUCUUUAAACGCCUCCACCUAUGGGCCGAAGUCGCCCUCUGCUACGCCAGCGCUGCGGCUUCCAACGACGACGACGAGCCCGGCCGCGGCGGCGCCGGCGGGGAAGACAAGGCCAAGGCCAUUAUCCGCUGGCGUCUCUUCCACCCGACCGGCCGGGCCGCAGGCGACUCCGCAGACCCGGACGACCAAGACGUCCAAGACGUGGUGCUCUGCAAGCCCGCGCAGUUCCGGGGCCCGGAACGGGAACCCGCACCCCCCAACGCCCCCCGGCUGUGGUGCAUCCUGGGAGACCUGGAAGACGACGCGGGCCACUACGAGCGCGCGUGGGCAGUGUCGAGGAACCGCUACGCCCGAGCGCAAAAGUCCCUCGGCGAGCUCCACCUCGCCCGCAGGGACGCGACCCGAGCCCGGGAGGCCUACCGGCUGGCCACGGCGGCCAACCGCCUGAGCCCGGAGCUCUGGGGCCGCCUCGGCGACAUCUGCCUCGGCCUCGGGCAGUUCGACGAGGCGGCCGAGGCGUACACGCGCUCCAUCGGCUGCGCCAACGACACGGCGGGCGGGGAAGACGCCCGCACAUGGAGCAACCUGGGCAGCGCGUACUGGAGCCUCCACUGCGAGGAGGCGGCCACGGCCAAGGCCAAGGCCGACGACGACGACGACGACGACGACGACGAAGACGCACCGCUCCCGGGCGCCCUGCUCGCCAAGUCCCUUGCCGCGUACAAAAAGGGCGCGUCCAUUGCCCACGAUAACUGGCGCAUCUGGGACAAUGUGCUCACCCUGGCCGCCCGGCUGCAGCCCCCCGCCACGGCGGACAUGGUCCUCGCCCUCACGCACAUUCUGCGCAUCCGCAAGACCGAGGACGCCGUCGACGCAGACGUGCUCGCCGCGCUGGUGCACGACGCCGUCCUCUGCAAGGAACACACUCCGCCGGCCAGCGGCAGCAGCGGCAGCAGCGGCAGCGACGGCAUCUACGAGCCCCCCCGCGGCUCCCCCGAGCGUCUCGUCAAGCGCCUCCUCGAGGAGGAAAUCGUGCCGCUCAUCACCCGCCGCCCGGACCUGUGGUCCCUCGUCGCCCGCCUCCGGGCCUGGCAGCGCGACCGCGCCGGCGCCAUUGACGCCUCUGAGCGGGCCUGGCGCGCCGCCACCGACGCCGACGCCGACGCCGAUGCCGCCUGGGCGGAAGCCGUCCGCCGCACGGACGAGCUCGUGUCUGCCCUGCAGAACUGGGGCCCGGACGCGCCGUCCGUAGGGCCCAAGUGGCGAGCCAAGGCCCGCAGCGCCGUGCGGAGCGUCAUGGCCCGCGGCGCCAGAGAAAGCCGCGAGGACUCGCCGGGCUGGAGAAGCCUCGAGGGCCUGCUGCAGGGUCUCAGCCAGGGCGGUUGA